CCAUCACCAUCGCGCCGUCGUAUAUGAAACACGGGGAUACACAGCUUGCAAUCUCCGCAGCGACGUCUUCCCACUGUGUGCGCAUGCGCGCGUCCGGCAUGUGCUUCACUGGGUCGUAGGGCUAACAAUCACAAAUUCCGCCGCUGCGUCACCCGCCCGGUGAUACCCUCUCCGCCCUCCCAUCGGCUCCCUUUCUGCGUUCCGCUUGAUUCCCUCCGUGCCUCGCACGACACUCUGCCAUCAUGUCCUCAGUCUGGAACCCCGACAAUGUGCGAGACGUGGCCGAAUCAGUAGGCAUUGCCUCACUUGCCGACAACGUCGUUGAAGAGCUAGCCCGUGACGUCGACUUUCGCCUGGCCCAGGUCCUGGAAGAAGCGCUCAAGUUUAUGCGACACGGGAAGCGGACAACACUGAGCACACAGGACAUAUCCAAUGCUCUCAAGGUGCUCAAUGUGGAGCCUCUCUACGGCUACGAAUCUACCCGGCCGCUGCGCUUCGGCGAGGCUUCACUGGGGCCUGGCCAGCCCUUGUACUAUGUCGAGGAUGAGGAGGUCGAUUUCGAAAAGCUCAUCAACGCUCCCCUGCCCAAGGUGCCACGGGAAAUCACCUUCACAGCCCACUGGCUCGCCGUAGAGGGAGUCCAGCCUUCUAUACCACAGAACCCUAAUACCAAUACUGCCGACUUGUUACCCAAGGGCCCCAACGCAAAUCCACAUCUGGCCGCUGCAAACGGGCUCGACAACGUCAACGUCAAGCCCCUCGUCAAGCAUGUGCUAUCCAAGGAAUCCCAGGAGCUGUUCAACAAGCUGUCGGGCGCUCUUGUUGACGAAACAAACAUUGAGUGGCAGAAUGCAGCCCUGGCCGCAAUCUCGACAGAGCCUGGCAUCCAUCAGCUGACGACAUAUCUUUUGAGCUUCAUAGCCGAAAAGGUUACACACAAUAUGAAGAACUUGUUCAUACUCAGCCAAAUGAUGCGCGCUUCCGAGGCCUUGUUAAACAAUCAGGCCAUCUAUCUCGACCCAUACAUUGCCUACAUGGUCCCACCUAUCCUGACUUGCUGCAUUGGCGGAAAGCUAGGACCAGCAAAUCAAACCGCGCCCUCGAAUGCCUCUUCAGAGACUCUGGGCGGGGCAGUACCCGACUAUAGCCGGGCUGCUUCUGACGCCUUUUACCUGCGAACACUUGCAGCACACCUUCUCCGGAAUAUUUGCAGAAAGUACUCUUCAUCAAACCAGGGACUAAAGUCCCGAAUCGCCCGCACGUGUCUAAAGCAAUUCAUGGACCCUGACAAAACAGUGGGCGCGCAUUUUGGUGCCUUGCAAGCUCUGCUUCUUGUCCUUGGUCCUUCUGAUGCGCUCCGAGGAUUGAUACUACCCAACAUAAAAAUGUACAGUGAGGAUUUCCUUGCCAAGAAGCUGGCCGAUGAGGGCACGCGCCAUGAUGCGGAGAUACUACUCGAAGUACUCGUUGGUUCCUUCCCUGCUCUUGUUCCAAAGGCCGUCAGGGAACGAGCCGAAAAGGCAAAGAGAGAAGGAACAUACACGGCACCCAAUCUUGAAGAAGUGCGAGAAAAGCUGGUAGACAAAGUCGGCGAUCUGGUAGCUGGGCGUCUAAUUAGCAAGAAAAUGGACCUGGAAGCGCAGGAGCUACUGAGCAAAGACUUUGACAUUUGAAUCAUAUUAAUUUUUCUUUUCAACCUGAAUGGUGAGAGCAUUGUUGGCGUUUUCACAUCUUGUUUCCUUUUCCGUGGGGAAGACGUAAAAAGGGAGCGUUUAAGUAACGUCUUCUAUGAUACCAUUUUUUUCUUCUUCGUCUUCUUCUUCUUCUUCUUCUUCCCAAGGACGCAGUGACCAUGUUUACUACUGUCCCACAUACGUAGCUUAGUACAGGAAAUAAACAACUCGGUUAAAACCUCAUCAUC